UUGGUUGGUUGAUUGUCCCGUCCCAUUCAAUUCAUUUAAAUUUUAUUUUGUUGUUAUUAUAUUUUCGGUGACUUCGUGAAGUUAUUUUGUUAUUGAGAACUUUCAGUAAUAAUUAACACUAAAACUGUAAAUUGUUAAAAAUGGAUUAAUAAGCGUGAAGUAAAUUGUAUUGUGUGUAAAAAAUAAGUUGCAUAGCGGCUUUCGCUAGAAGAUAAAAUAAUAAUGCUGAUAACCUAAAAAUAAGAUUGUCUUGUAAAUUUUAUCAACAUGAUGGCUUCUAUGUCAACUGGUGGCCCAGGAGACCCUCACACUCAAAUGAAUACAUAUCGCAGCUAUGUCACCAUGCUUGCAGACCCUGGGGCUAAAGACGAGAUCAAGUUGAAAGCGGCACAAGAGCUUAGUGAAAAUUUUGAGGUCAUAUUAAGUUCACCACAGUAUCCCCAAUUCCUUGACCAUUCCUUAAAGAUAUUCCUUAAAAUAUUACAAGACGGAGAGCCACAUUUCAUAGCUGAGUACAACAUUCAGCAAGUGAGGAAGUUAAUUCUGGAAAUGAUACAUCGGCUGCCAAUAAAUGAUUCUUUAAAGAAAUACAUAAAAGAUAUCUUGAUCUUGAUGCUGAAAUUGAUGGAAAUUGAGAAUGAAGAGAAUGUGUUAGUGUGCUUGAAGAUCUUCAUGGAAAUUCAUAAACAAAAUAGACCUGCAUAUAACGCAGAAGUUGAUAUUCACAAAUUCUUGAACUGGGUAAAGGGUAUUUAUUCUGAUUUGCCAAAUCAUUUGCCAAAAAUAUUUGAACCAAAACCCACAAUCCGAGUGAAGGACUUGUCCGAGGUUAACAUAGAGCAACUGCUCCAAGAAACAUACACUAUUACUCCCAUCCAUACAGAAAAGAAGUUACUUGAUGGCAGUGUUGUGACUUAUAAUCUCAUACCUAGAUCUGUGCUAUCAUUGAAAGUGAUACAAGAGCUACCAAUCAUCGUGGUGUUCAUGUAUCAACUGUACAAACAGAAUGUUCACCAGGAGGUCAGUAAUUUCAUACCUCUAAUCAUGGAGACCAUCACAUUGCAACCAGCAGCUACACACAGGCAAUCUGCAUCUUUUAAUAAAGAAGUAUUUGUGGAUUUUAUGGGUGCACAAAUAAAAACAUUAGCUUUCUUGGCGUAUAUUAUAAGGAUAUACCAAGAAACUAUUGCAGGCCACGCUAAUAUGAUGGUCAAAGGAAUUAUUGGAUUAUUGACAUUAUGUCCUCCUGAGGUGGCGCAUCUGAGGAAAGAAUUAAUAAUUGCUACACGACAUAUCUUAGCUACAGACUUAAGGAUAAAAUUCGUUCCCUACAUGGAGAGACUGUUUGACGAAGACGUGCUGCUUGGUGGAGGCUGGACUGUCCACGAGAAUUUCCGUCCAUUGGCGUACUCCACCCUGGCUGACUUGGUUCAUCAUGUACGACAACACCUACCAUUAAGUGAUCUCGCCAUCGCCGCUCAUUUGUUCUCUAAGAAUGUACAUGAUGAAUCGCUGCCGACAAGCAUCCAAACGAUGUCAUGCAAGCUGUUGCUGAACUUAGUGGAUUGCAUCCGUCAGCGCUCCGAAAGCGAAGCGGCGGGCACCUCCUCCUCCACAGCGCAGCCGCAGGGUCGCCAGCUGCUGAUGCGGAUAUUAGAGGUGUUCGUGCUCAAGUUCAAGACCAUAUCCAAGUUGCAACUGCCCGCGCUUAUGGCGAAGUGCAAACAAGCAACUCCCGCUACCAAUGGCGCCACCACAACAACCCCAAAUACCCCCACCACGCCUGCUCCAAGCACCUCCACUGCUGAGGUCAAAGUGGAAGAGGAGAAAUUCUCACCAGACUUCUUGGACAGCACAACAAAACCAGAAGAUAAGUCCAAGAUAGGCUUCCCUGCUUCCCAGAUGAACAACCUCAAUGUUGGAGACUAUAGAACUUUAGUGAAGACCUUGGUUUGUGGCGUGAAGACGAUCACUUGGGGUUGCGCUUCUUGUAAAACGACGAACGCCGAAGGUGCCACCACGACCACUCAAAAGCAAUUCAGCGCUCGUGAGACCUUAGUGUUCAUCCGGCUGGUGCGGUGGGGACUGCAAUCCCUGGACAUCUACACUUUAGCGGCACCCCGCGCGCCCGCCAUGCCCCCCGCCAUGCCCCACGUGCGCUCCAAGGAGGAGAAGGAGGUGCUCGAGCACUUCAGCGGAGUGUUCUCCAUGAUGAACUCUCAAACUUUCCAAGAGAUUUUUACUGCGACAAUUUCCCACAUGGUGGAAAGAAUAAACAAAAAUAUGACGCUACAAAUAAUAGCCAACACAUUUUUAUCGAAUCCAGCAACCUCGCCGAUAUUCGCCACAGUCCUUGUUGAAUACCUUCUUAAGAGAAUGGAGGAAAUGGGAACUAAUGUAGAGCGCUCUAAUUUAUACCUGAGAUUAUUCAAAUUAGUAUUUGGAUCAGUUAGCUUGUUCCCGACUGAAAACGAACAAAUGUUACGACCACAUUUACACAGUAUCGUUAACAAAGCCAUGGACUACGCCAUGACGGCUAAAGAACCUUACAACUAUUUCCUUUUACUUCGGGCCUUGUUCCGCUCCAUAGGCGGCGGCAGUCACGAUUUACUAUACCAAGAAUUUUUACCAUUACUACCUAAUCUGCUGGAAGGAUUAAAUAGACUUCAGAGCGGACUACACAAGCAACAUAUGAAAGAUUUGUUCGUCGAGUUGUGCUUAACAGUCCCUGUAAGGUUAAGCAGUCUAUUACCGUAUUUACCCAUGUUAAUGGAUCCUCUGGUGUCCGCUUUGAAUGGGUCCCACACACUUAUUUCGCAAGGUUUGCGAACGCUGGAGCUCUGCGUGGAUAACUUACAGCCUGAUUUUUUGUAUGAACAUAUUCAACCCGUUAGAGCUGACUUGAUGCAGGCACUUUGGAGAACUUUACACAACAACGAAGUUGCAAGAAUUGCAUUCAGAGUUUUAGGCAAGUUCGGCGGCGGUAAUCGUAAAAUGAUGAUCGAGCCCCAGCGACUCGAUUACCGCGAAACCGACGCCCCGCCACCAGCUGUACAGGCUUAUUUCCAGGACCAACCCAAACCUAUUGAUUUUGAAGUAGAUAAAGUGAUAGAAACUGCUUUCUCCGCGCUGAAGUCGAGCACAACAGACCCCUUUUACCGCCGCCAAUGCUGGGAAGUGUUACGUUGUUAUUUGGCAGCGUCGCUUAAUUUGGACGACGACAAGCAAACACUGCAAAAGCUGUUCAAUCACCCGAGUUUCCUCGAAGGUAAAAUACAGACCCAAAAUGGACCAUACUAUAAAUGUUCGAACACUAUCGUGAGAAACACCCAACGCACGGCAUUGACGGGAAUGUUCGUCGCCGCUGCUAUAAAGGAUUUGCGGAACGACGUGCUACAUACAAUGGUGACGCUCGUGCGUCAUUAUACUAUGGUUGCGAUAGCACAAGAAGCCGGCCCGUUCGCGGGAACCGGCGGGCCUAAAGAAGGCCUAGACGCAUUAGUCCUGGUCGACGCGAUCGCAGUAGUGAUGGGGCACGAAGAGAAAGAGCUAUCGAAGCCCGGCCACCUCGCCCUAGUGCUGAUGAUCGAGACGGCGACCACGGUGCUGGGCAGCAAGGAGCGCGCGUGCCGCUUGCCGCUGAUGGAGUACCUGGCCGAGCGGAUGUCGGCGCUGUGUUACGAGCGGGCGUGGUACGCGAAGCUCGGAGGCUGCAUGAGCGUCAAGUUCAUGUUCGAGAAGAUGACGCCGGAGUGGGUGUACAAGCACGUGUUCACGUUCCUGAAGGCGCUGCUGUUCGUGAUGAUGGACCUGACGGGCGAGGUGUCGUCGGGGGCCAUAGACAUGGCGGUCGUGAACCUGGAGCGGCUGGUGCGCGUGUGCGUGGCGGGCCCGGGCGGCGCGGCGGACGCGGACGGCGACGCGGCCGCGGCCAAGGCGCGCGCGCUGCACGACGUCUUGCAGGAGCUCGUGCUGCAGGUCACGAGCCCGCAUCUGCUGGUGAGGCAACAGGCAAUGAAAUCAUUAGAACUGAUAGCCGAGCUACAGAACAAAACGGUGACGGACGUGAUGGACCCCCACAGGGAGGUUUUGGCCGACAUCAUCCCGCCCAAGAAGCAUUUGCUACGUCAUCAACCUGCCAAUGCGCAGAUGGGACUUAUGGAUGGAACUACUUUCUGUACCACUUUGAAACCGAGGCUGUUUACUAUAGAUCUAAGUAUAACAGAGCACAAAAUAUUCUUCCGCGAACUACUAUCCCUCUGCGAGGCGGAAGACUCCAUGCUUGGAAAGUUCCCGUGUUAUAAAGGCGUGAAUUUAGUGCCUUUGCGCGCCUCUGCCUUGAGAGCACUUGCAUCAUGCCAUUACAUACAAGAUAAACAUUGCAGGGAGAAGAUAUUCCAGGUGCUGUAUAAGGCCCUUGAGAGAAAUGAUCAGGAGUUGCAACAGGCUGGUUUUGAAUGCAUGCAGAAGUUCUUAUCUGGAUUCCAAAUCGACAUGGAGAUGGUUCACCCAGUGAUGAGACCUUUACUACUGACCCUCGGCGAUCACCGCAACGUGAGCGUAAACGGAGCCAAACGGCUCUCGUAUUUGACGCAACUGUUCCCCUCUACCUUCAGCGAGAAACUAUGUGAACAGUUGCUCCAACUGUUAAAGAAAUUAUUGGAUUAUUCUAUUCAGACUGAUCGAGGUGGAAAUUUCCUCCAAAGUAUCUCCAAGAACAUGGAGAACGAGCAAAAGAUAAUUAUUCUCAUCGGUAUUUUCCAUCAAAUCCCGGCCGCGUCGCCUCGCUUCAUUGACGUGUUGUGCCGGCUUAUAUUCCAUACGGAGAAAUCGCUCAUGAUCGAAGCUGGCUCGCCGUUUAGAGAGCCACUCGUUAAAUUCUUGAUGAGGUAUCCAAAAGAAACUCUAGACUUGAUACUAAGCGACAACAACAUCAAAGACCAACACUGGAGCCGGUUUCUCGUGUUUCUCAUAAAGCACCCGGACGCUGGCGCUGCCUACCGGGAAGCGUUACAAACUACCAAAAAACCUAGAUUGAUGCAACUCUUAGCCGCUAACUCGAACGCCGCUUUGGCCGCUUUACCGACUGCGGAUAAAGCGGAAAUGCAAUUCCAGGCUAUAAGAGUAAUAUCUCUACUGAUAAAGUAUGACGACCAAUGGCUGUCCACGCAACACGACCUGAUUGAACUGCUCAAGAGGAUUUGGUGCACUGAUCAGUAUCAUGAGACACACAAAAAGGUUGAGAACGUGGAUUGCACUCAUUGGAAAGAGCCAAAGUUAAUCGUGAAGAUUUUGUUGCAGUAUUUCUGUCAUCACCCGUCAAAUAUAGAUCUUUUGUUCCAACUAUUGCGGGCAUUAUGUGAUAGGUUCAUACCAGAUUUUCAGUUUCUACGCGACUUCCUCGAGCACACCGUGGGCCAAAACUACACGGCUGAGUGGAAACGUUCGGCGUUCUUCCGUUUCGUGGAGCAUUUCUCGAGUGACGCCAUGUCUCAAGAGCUCAAGGCUAAAGUAUUGCAGAUGAUUCUAAUACCAUGCUUUGCAGCGAGCUUUGAAAAAGGCCAGAAGAUUGUGGGAGGACCACCGGCCCCCUAUCAGGACAACCCGGAAAAUGUGGUCUCUGUGUUCAUCAAUAAUGUGAUAGAUCCAGAAAACCCAUUCGCGUGUUCAGACGCGGUCAGGAUAUCGUUGCUACAGUUCGCUUGCCUAUUGCUAGAGCAGGCGUCUGCGCACAUACACGACGCAAACAACAAGAAGCAAGGGAACAAACUAAGAAGGCUGAUGACCUUUGCCUGGCCGUGUUUGUUAGGGAAGAACUAUGUUGAUCCUGCGACUAGAUAUCAUGGCCAUCUUCUGCUGAGUCAUAUAAUAGCUAAAUUCGCUAUCCACAAGCGUAUAGUACUUCAAGUUUUCCACAGUCUGUUGAAGGCUCACGCCGUUGAAGCUCGCCAAGUGGUCAGGCAGGCGCUGGAAAUCUUAACCCCGGCCAUGCCGCAACGAAUGGAAGACGGCAACACAAUGCUCACUCAUUGGACAAAAAAGAUCAUAGUUGAGGACGGACAUUCAGUGCAACAGCUCUUCCAUAUUCUGCAACUAGUCGUCAGACAUUACAAGGUGUACUACCCAGUGCGUCACGCGCUCGUUGGUCACAUGGUGGCCGCCAUGCACCGGCUGGGCUUCUCCGUGACGGCGUCGCUGGAGCACCGCCGCCUGGCCGUCGACCUGGCGGAGGUGGCGCUCAAGUGGGAGCUGCAGCGGAUACACGACCACUGCCCCGACAGCGUGGUGGCGACGUCACCAAGCGGUUCAAUAAAACGUGUAUCUGAAGAUAGCAGUAGUAGUGCAAGCGGGGAGCGCAAGGCCCUCAAUACAGUCCGUUUGUCAGGUUGGGCCAGCCCGCAGGCGUCGUCGAGCGGGCGCGCGGAGCCCGACGCGGCGAAGCCCCUGGAGCGCCAGCACGUGGACGUGGUCGUCAACCUGCUGCUCAGGCUCGCCUGCCAGGUACAGGCUAAUGAGGGAAGCGUGGCAGGCGGCGGGGGUUCCCCUGGAGAGCAGUUAUCUAAACGUUGCGUGUUGUUGCUACGAGCCGCUUUGAAACCCGACGUAUGGCCGCAACAUUGCGAGCCCAAGCUGGCUUGGCUGGAUAAGGUGUUCUCAUCGGCGGAGACCAACGCAGCAGCUUGCGCUAACGCAUGCACAGCCCUAGAAUUGCUGUUCUUCCUACUGGGAGUUCUAAGACGGGAACAAAUCCUAGCUGCCCUGAAGCCCUUGCAAAGAGGACUGGCUGCGUGCGUGUCGUCCACCAAUCCGAAGAUAGUGCGGUUGACGCAUAACUUACUGGCGAAAUUGACGGCCCUCUUCCCUACUGAACCUUCGGGAGCGGGACAGAGUUCAAAGUUCGAGGAAUUAGAAACCCUAUACGCAUGCGUAAGCAAAUACGCAUUCGAGGGUCUAGCCACUUACGAGAAGUCUGCGGCUGGAGGCAGUGGAGCUGCAGCAUUAUUGGGACCCCUUAUGAUGCUGAAGGCUUGCUGCUCAUCCAACCCAGCGUAUAUUGACAGACUACUACAACCACUGAUGAGAGUGCUGCAGAGGAUGGCGAGAGAUCACAUCGCGCCAAAUCCUGAUGCUGCUCUUUCUGAGUUACUAAUCUUAGCACUGGACUUGUUAAAAGCACGAGUGUCGGUCAUGCCAGUUGAGACACGAAAGGUGUUUAUCGGAAAUGUCUUAGUGGGACUCAUAGAGAAAACUAAUGAUGCGAAGGUGUUGAAAGAAAUCAUCCGUAUGAUAGAGGGGUGGGUGAAGGCGCGGGGCGCGGCGAGUGCGGCGCCGUCUUUGCGAGAGAAGUCCAUAUUGCUGGCCAAGCUCAUGCAGUACGUGGAGAAACGGUUCCCGGACGAUUUGGAGCUCAACGCACAGUUCUUGGACAUCAUCAACUAUGUUUACAGGGAUGAUCACUUGAAGAUGACUGAACUCUCAAUGAAGCUAGAGCCAGCCUUCCUCGCGGGUCUCCGCUGCCAACAACCUAACAUUCGCGCCAAGUUCUUCGAAGUCUACGACCAGAGUGUACGUCGCAGGAUCUUCGACCGGCUGCUAUAUAUCACUUGUACUCAGAACUGGGACCAUAUUGGACAACAUUUCUGGAUCAAACAGUGCUUGGAACUGUUGCUGGUUACCUGUGUGUCCAGUACACAAAUACGCCUGUCGAAUUCAAAGUAUCUGCUGCCUAACAUAGGAGCGGUGAUCAACUGGGCGGACAGUGAGGAACGCAAGUCUUUCGCUAUAUAUACUUCCGUGAAGGAGGAGUCGUCCGAAGGAUUAAACUAUUCCAUAGACUCGGAGAAAGAGGACGUUCUCGAUAUGGACCUCGAUUCUAGCUCCAAUCAGAAGGAGGAUCUCACUAAGACUGUGAAAAAUAGACAAAGUCUUCUAAACCAAAUGGUGUUGAAGCAAUGGGAAUUCCUCGAGCAAGCGCGUCGCGUCCGCACUGAACAACUUGUAGUAGCGGCCGCGCAACUCUGUCACAUGGACGAAACUCUAGCUCACCACACGUGGCUGAGGCUGUUCCCCAAGCUGUGGUCCACUUUGGAUGAACGCCAACUGGGGACGCUGAUGAGCGAAAUGGUGCCGUUCAUAAUCUCCGGCGUGCACGUGAACCAGCGCGACCAGCAGCUGAGCGCGCUGCACACCUUCAUCGAGGCCCUGGCGCGCUGCAGCCCGCCCGUCAGCAUCAAGCCAUCAAUGAUGAAAUACCUGGGCAAGACCCACAACCUGUGGCAUCGCAUGACCCUUAAUCUGGAACAGAUGGCCUAUGACCAGACGAACAAUCGCGCCCUCAGGGAACCACAAGAGAUUUACGACUACGAGAUAGAGCCUACUACAUCCACGGAAAUACUAGACUCACUGAGUGACAUGUACGAGUUGCUACAAGAGGAGGACAUGUGGUCUGGCGUGUGGCAGAAACACGCGCGAUAUCGCGAAACCAACGUCGCGAUCGCUUACGAACAGCAAGGUUUCUUCGAGCAGGCCCAAGCAGCGUACGACGUCGCUAUGGCUAGAUUAAAACAGGACGUAGCUGCGAACUCGACCAUAAACAUUCACAAGGAGUGCAACAUAUGGUCGCAGCACUGGUUGAAAUGCGCGAAGGAACUCAACCAGUGGGACACUCUCCUGGAACUCGGGCUUACCAGGAGUUCACGGGACCCGUUCCUUAUUUUGGAGAGUUCGUGGCGAAAUCCCAAUUGGCCCACCAUGAAGGAGGCGUUGGCCGAAGUGGAGUACAACUCUCCCAAGGAACUAGCGUGGCUGGUGAACCUGUACCGCGGCUACCUGUGCAUCUGCGCCGGCGGGGAGCAGCAGAUCAACGGCGUGGAGCGGCACGCGGAGGCGGCGGCCGCGCAGUGCCUGCGCGAGUGGCGCCGCCUGCCGCGCCUCGUGUCGCACGCGCACCUGCCGCUGCUCCGCGCCGCGCAGCAGCUCAUGGAGCUCAGCGAGGCCGCGCAGAUACACACGGGCUUACUGCACAGCCGUCCAACGUCCCUCCACGACAUGAAGGCCAUAGUGAAGACAUGGCGGAAUCGCUUGCCAGUAGUGUGCGACCCGCUGUCGCACUGGGGCGCCAUCUUCACGUGGCGCCAACACCACUACCAGUUCAUCGCGUCGCACUACGACUCGCAGAGCGAGCACGCCUCGCACCCGAGCAUGCUCGGGGUGCACGCUAGCGCGCAGGCAAUAAUACACUUCGCUAAGAUAGCAAGAAAACACAACCUGUCCGGCGUAUGCCUCGAUUCUUUGCACCGAAUUUACACGAUACCGAGCGUACCCAUAGUGGAUUGCUUCCAAAAGAUCAGACAACAAGUCAAAUGUCAUAUUCAAAUGUCCUGGACGGAAGGGAAAGACGAACUGCAAGAAGGCUUAGAUAUGAUUGAAUCUACAAACUUCAAAUACUUUACAAAGGAAAUGACGGCGGAAUUCUACGCGUUCAAGGGUCUUUUGUUAGCUCAAUUGGGACGUUCGGAAGAUGCCAAUAAAGCAUUCGCGGCAGCUGUACAGUUGCACGACACUUUGGUGAAGGCUUGGGCGCUCUGGGGAGACUAUUUGGAGCAGAUAUUCAUACGAGACCCGCGACAGAUCACCGUGGGAGUGUCUGCUAUGACGUGCUUUCUGCACGCGUGCCGUCAUCAGAAUGAAUCAAAGUCGCGGAAGUAUUGCGCCAAGGUCCUAUGGAUGCUAAGUUUCGACGACGAGAAGAACAGUUUGGCCGAGGCCUUGGACAAGUACUCUGUGGGAGUACCACCGGUACAAUGGCUGCCUUGGAUCCCGCAACUGCUGUCAUGCUUGGUGCAGUAUGAUGGCAACGUCAUUCUCAAUUUGUUGAGCCAUGUUGGCCGUUUAUUCCCACAGGCUGUGUAUUUCCCCAUCAGGACAUUAUACUUAACGCUGAAGAUCGAACAGCGCGAGAGACACAAGACCGCUGAAAACAUAGCAGCGCACCUACCACAGUCAACUACUGCCGCGUCUGGCAAGCCGGAGAGCGCAUCGUCGUCCAGCAGCGGCGCCGCCGGCAGCGAGACGGGCCCGAUCAAGGCCACGCUGCCCAUGUGCCGCUGCUCGAAGAUCAUGCAGCUGCAGCGAGAGAUACACCCUACCGUGCUGUCCUCGCUCGAGGGCAUAGUGGAUCAGAUGGUAUGGUUUCGCGAGAACUGGUACGAGGAGGUGCUGCGUCAGCUGCGCGCGGGGCUGGCCAAGUGUUACGUGGUGGCGUUCCACCACCAGGCCGGCGUGGCCGACGCGACCGUCACUCCGCACACGCUCAACUUCAUCAAGAAGGUCGUCUCUACGUUCGGCAUCGGUAUUGGCAUAAAGAGUGUUUCAAGUAGUGUAAGUGGUGCAUUCUCUUCAGCUGCCUCGGAGAGCUUGGCGCGACGAGCGCAGGCCACCGUGCAAGACCCCGUGUUCCAGAAGAUGAAGACGCAGUUCAUCGCCGACUUCGACUUUAAACAACCCAACGCUAUGAAACUACAAAACCUCAUAGCGAAACUACGCAAGUGGGUCAAGAUUCUCGAAGCCAAAACAAAGGUUCUGCCCAAGUCAUUCCUCAUCGAGGAGAAAUGCAGAUUCCUGUCCAACUUCAGCCUAAAAACGGCCGAAGUGGAACUACCCGGAGAGUUCCUAUUACCAAAGCACACGCACUAUCACGUUCGCAUCGCGCGGUUCAUGCCGCGUGUUGAGAUUGUACAGAAACAUAACACGUCUGCUCGUCGGCUAUACAUACGCGGGCACAACGGCAAGAUCUACCCGUAUCUAGUGGUCAACGACUCGGGACUAGGCGACGCGAGGAGAGAGGAGCGAGUGCUCCAGCUACUGAGAAUGCUGAACCAUUACUUGAGCAAGCAGAAGGAAACCGCCAGACGGUUCCUGCACUUCACUGUGCCCCGCGUCGUCUCGGUCUCCCCGCAGAUGCGGCUUGUUGAAGACAAUCCCAGUUCUAUAUCGCUGCUGGAUAUAUAUCGAACGGAAUGUGCUAACAGGGGCGUGGAGUACGACGCGCCCGUGGCCCGCUACUACGAGCGCCUGGCGGCCGUGCAGGCGCGCGGGCAGCAGGCCUCGCACCAGGUGCUGCGCGACAUACUCAAGGAGGUGCAAACCUCAAUGGUACCAAAGGAAAUGGUCCGCGAAUGGGCGGCCGCCACUUACCCGGCGCCCACCGAUUAUUGGACAUUCCGGAAGAUGCUCACACUUCAGAUAGCCCUGGUCAGCUUCGCGGAGUACGUCCUACAUUUGACAAGACUCAAUCCAGACAUGAUGUAUGUCCAUCAGGACUCUGGCCUCCUCAACAUAUCCUAUUUCAAAUUUGACGUUGAUGACACCACAGGUGAACUGGACGGGAAUCGACCAGUGCCCUUCCGCCUCACGCCGAAUAUCUCGGAACUGCUGACUAACAUCGGCAUCACCGGCCCGCUCACAGCAUCCGCCAUUGCUGUGGCCAGAUGUCUCGUUACACCAAAUUUCAAGAUUCAAUCGAUACUACGCACAAUUCUACGCGACGAAAUGGUCACCGGAUACAGGAAGCGUUUGGAAGACAAAACCGGCAUGCCCACAGCUGGCACCUCCACGGAAACCAAACCGAUGGAAAUUGACAACGAAACCGUGGUCAACAUGGUCAAUAAGGCGGUCACUGUUAUCAUGAGUCGUUUGAAUUCGUUAGCAGUUUUUGACGGCCCCGAUAGCAAAGUGGCGACUCUUGUGACAGCCGCUAACAAUCACGAUAACCUCUGCCGAAUGGACCCUGCGUGGCACCCGUGGUUGUAAAAAAUAUUCCAUACAACGUGAACAAAUGUAGAACGAGUUCUAUGACAGUCGUAAAAACUCGGGAAUAUUUCAGAGCAGGUCUCGUUAUAGUAUACAUUUUUGAAUUUAAAAACAAUCUUAAAGUUGUUUCAGUAAUAUCCACCAAGUUGGUUGGAAUAAGCGAUAGUAUCCCUUACUUUCGACACCUAUGUUUGCCAAAAAACCACUUAUUUUUCACCAUUAGUAAGAAUAAAUGUGUUUUUCUUUGUUAUUCAUACCGAUAUAUGAACUUGUUGUACUAAGCUAUAUCUACGUCUGUGGUUGGGGUUGGGAGUGAAAGGUCUGAUCAUUGUCUCGCAUAUACGACCCUGUGGCCUAGAGUAUUUGGAAUUCGGAUAAAUAGAAUUGAACAAAAAGAUAAGCAUAAAAAAUUUCGAAUGUCUCUUUUUAAUGAUUAACAUACCUUUGAAGAAAAUGACAUCAUGUUUUCUGUAUGAUUAUAAAAUUAUAAUUUUAGUUUGAACAAUAGACUAGUAACUGUAUUCAUAAUGCAGGUUAUUUUGUGCUUUAAGAAAUUUAUUUUUGUGUAGAGUUUUUAUGUAUUUUUUAAUUGUCUACUGUCUGUAAAGAAUAUGGGUCAUUCGCUUAGAAAGUAUCACUUUAUGAUAAUCGACUCAUCACCACAGAAUUACAACACUCCACAGGCCUGUCUGUGUAUCUCUGUUUAUCCCGCUAAUACAACGGGAAAAGCACAAUCAAAGAUCAUAGUUACAAUAAUAAGCACGGCUUCAUUCCACCUACAUUGUGUAUUCUAUCAUCUUUAAGACAAAAGUGAUUGAUCGAUGUCAUUUAUAUCUAAUACUUACAAAUAUUGUGAUACUAUCAAAGUGAAUUAUUUUUUUGUAAAUUAUAAAUGAAUUGACAUUUUAGGUUAGUUAAUUGAACCUGAUAUAAUUAAGAUAAUUCUAUACCUUAGUAUAUUAAGUACGGUUUUUAAGUGAAUAAACGAAAGAAUCUUAUUGAGAGAUGUUGAUUGAUGCAAAUUGUGAUCUCUAGUUAUUUUGAAGAAUAAAGCAUAAUUGGUACGUUCAAAUAAAUCUGUUUCUUUCAACAAGCGCAUUAGCACAUAAUGGUA